AUGACAUCACACGCACGCCAAGACGCUAGAGAGAAAGCGGGGAUCUUAGAGGGAAAGAACCAUGUAUACGAGUAUGGAACGACAACGACAUCGCGACACGUUCGUUUCGAUGCGAAAAAGAAAGAGACGUAUGAGAACUACAACAAUUUGAUUGGAUGGGAUGAUCUCUUGUCAUGGCAGAGAGACAACGAAUUCAUCCUUACAUCUCAUCGGCGAGCGACGUUUUCGUACCUCCGCUCUCUGAAGAGCGCCUUUGAAGUCCACAAUGAGACGGUAAAUAUCUGGUCUCACAUUCUGGGUACCACCGUGUUCUUCUUCAUCGCAACCAUUUUGUAUUUUCCCACACGCCAGAUUCGUGAUGAAGGAGACAGUACAAAUGGUGAUGACGAAGCAAUCUACGUCUACUUCGGUUCCGUCAUAGCUUGUUUCUUCUUUUCGUUCAUGUAA